GACCUCCAAAGACAACCCCAAAACGGAAGCCAUCGAAGCUUUCAAUGCCUUUAUUCCUCGAUAAGCUCCCGCAGCCGCUCAAUCCUUCCUCCCAAUACGAGCCCGAGCCCUAGCCCUAAUAUUCCGAGAGCAAUCCCUCGAUUCGUCCAGUUGCGGCUUGAUCUCAAUCGCGUUGGUUGAAUCAAAGCAGAGGGGAUCGGAGGAGCGUUUGGACAAACCCUAGGUUGCUGAUGUCUUCUUCAUCGGGACAGCCGCAGUUCCGGUACACGCAGACGCCGUCGAAGGUGCUGCACCUCCGGAACCUGCCGUGGGAGUGCACGGAGGAGGAGUUAAUCGAGCUCUGCAAGCCGUUCGGCAAGAUCGUUAACACCAAAUGCAAUGUCGGUGCCAAUCGCAACCAGGCCUUCGUUGAGUUUGCUGACCUUAAUCAGGCCAUCUCAAUGAUUUCAUAUUAUGCCUCUUCAUCAGAACCUGCACAAGUUCGUGGCAAAACUGUGUAUAUCCAAUAUUCAAACAGGCAAGAAAUUGUAAACAAUAAGGCCUCUGGAGAGGUUGCUGGGAAUGUUUUGCUUGUUACUAUAGAGGGUGUCGAAGCUGGUGAUGUCAGCAUAGAUGUUAUCCAUUUGGUGUUUUCUGCCUUUGGAUUUGUUCACAAAAUUGCUACUUUUGAAAAGGCUGCUGGAUUUCAGGCUUUGAUCCAAUACAACGAUGCAGCAACUGCUUCAGAAGCUAGAAAUUCCUUGGAUGGUAGAAGUAUCCCGAGAUACUUGCUUCAAGAUCAUGUUACGUCUUGCCACCUGCGGAUUUCUUUUUCUGCACACACGGAUUUAAAUAUCAAGUUUCAGUCUCAUCGCAGCAGGGAUUACACUAAUCCUUACCUUCCUGUGAACCCUUCUGCAAUUGAGGGUACCUUGCAGCCUGUACUUGGUCCUGAUGGGAAAAUAAAGGAACCUGAGAGUAAUGUGCUUCUUGCAUCAAUAGAGAACAUGCAAUAUGCUGUGACAGUUGAUGUUCUUCACACGGUAUUCUCAGCAUUUGGUACUGUUCAGAAAAUUGCAAUUUUUGAGAAGAAUGGUGGAACUCAGGCUCUGAUCCAGUAUCCAGAUGUGACUACUGCAGCAGUUGCCAAAGAGGCUUUGGAGGGACACUGCAUUUAUGAUGGUGGCUAUUGUAAGCUUCAUCUGUCAUUCUCUCGUCAUACUGAUCUCAAUGUAAAGGCGUAUAGUGACAAGAGCAGGGAUUACACCAUUCCUGACUCUGGGUUACUCACAAAUCCGCAAGCUUCGGCUGUGCCUACUGCUUCCACCAGCUGGCAAACUAAUCCUCAAGCUGCAGGAACUUAUGUUAGCAGUGUUGGACAGAUGCCAACUUGGGAUCCAAGUAAAACAACCUUUGCAUCAGCAGCUGGAACAUUCCCGGGCCAGCCAUUUGUUCCAUCUGCUGGUGCCCCGUACGCAACCUCAGGCUCGCUCCUUACUGCAUCUGCUGGUUAUCCUCAAGUUUCACAACAGAUGUCCCAGUAUGGUAGCCAGCCAAGGGCUGGUAGCGGCGCGCCAUAUGUUGGGCAGCCUCCUAGGUAUUUCUAGUCCACUCUAUCUUUCCUGGCAAUCUCUUUCUUGGUUCGCUGUUGAACUGAUAAAAAAAUAUGCCGAGCUAAUGUCAGCUUGCCCUUUGGGGCUUGUGCACCAUGUCAUUGAAUUCCACUUCUUCGGUUACUUGUGCUGACCUGAAUGGGUCUACUUUAUGUGGUUUCUAAUGUGUUGUAAUGCACAACGUGUGGUUCUUCUCAUCAGAAAAGCAUCAGUAGAUUGAAUUGAGGUCUUCAUUGAAGUCCUUGUGCCGGACCUAAUCUGGAAAAUAAAGAACAGUUAGUGCAUCA